AUGCCACGGGGAGAGUACAACCUUCCGCACAAUCUCAACUUGGCGGAUCCGCAAUUUAAUGUCUCUUCGAAAAUCGACAUUCUCCUCGGGGCGGAAAUAUUCUGGGAAUUACUAUGCGUGGGGCAAGUCAAAUCCUCCCCCAGUCACCCAACCUUGCAGAAGACGCGAUUCGGUUGGAUCUUAGCGGGGCGCCUGAGCAACAGCCUGGAUUCUGAAAGGAACAUACGCUCCUUCCACGCAUCCAUUUCCAACGAUCAAUUUCAAGAACAGUUGUCUUGGUUUUGGCAAAUCGAAGACGUCGGCGAAUCUGCGGGAUACAACAAGGAAGAAAAUCAUUGCGAAAAUCACUUCCUGGAAAAUGUCUCUCGAACUCCUCAAGGCAGGUAUGUUGUAAAACUACCGCUAAGGGAACCGUUUCCCAGGAACCUCGGCAUUUCCAGAGACAUCGCAUUGAGACGCUUGAAGAGUAUAGAGAGGCGACUAAGUCGAAAUUCAUUGCUGAGAACCCAAUACGCACAAUUCAUGGCAGAAUACUUGAAACUCGGUCAUAUGAAACAG